AUGUCAAAAACAACAAAACGUAAACAUGUUGUGAAGGAGGUGGAAGACUUAAGUAUUCCAACAAAAUCUCAAUCUAUCGUUAAAGUUGUCGAAUCGCGCGGCAAUAAUCUCCAUGAGAUUGUAAACUCAGCUGGUGAACAAUAUCUUGUAUCAAUGCCAGUGAAGUUUAGACGACACAUUUGGAUAAAAAGGGGAGACUUCGUAUUAGUUGAACCCAUUGCCGAAGGCGAUAAGGUCAAAGCAGAGAUAGUCAAGAUAUUAACACGAGAACAUAUAAAGUGGUACCAUGUACAAAAAUGUUGGCCAUUGGAAUUUGACGAAGUCUUGAAUAAAAAGGAAUCUAAAAAAACGAUAAAAGAUAAUAGUGACGAAGAAGAAGAUAAAGAAGAGGAAGAACUUUUUGUAAAUACAAAUAGGAUAACUUAUGUUUCUGAUAGAUCAAGUGAUUCGGACACAAGUUCUAAUGAAUCCGACUAGUAAUUAAUAUAAGGUAUUUUGUAAAACUUUAUAAAAAAGUUGUAUAUAAAUCGAA